UAAACAAGUGCGUCUGGGAAAACAAGCCAAGAGAGAAAGAACCGAAGAGAGUGCAAAACAAGAGAAGAGAAGAAGCGGGGCCGGAAGAGUCUCAAGGCCGCGCUCGCAAUCGGCCCUUUUUUUUAUUUUUCUUGGUUCGAAGAAGGUGCGAUUGGACGAGUACCUGGGGAUGGUGAUGCACUUGGUCUUGGGGUCCUGGUUGGACACGGCCUUUUCCAACUCGUCCAGUCCGCCGGACUUCUUGAGCUUCUUGACCAGGCUGCGCACGGCCUUCUCACUCCACUUGUCCUCGCACUCGCCCUUCUUCCAGCCCAGCAGUCGCUUCACGAUCGGCGGCGAGAACGGCAGCAUCGACGACAUCUCACCGCAUCGUCCCGCGUCCCGGACACUCCCAGCUCUCUCUCUAUCUCCUCGCUCGGACACGCUACUUUUCAAUCGGGCGCAGUUUGCUGCCGACCGACAUCUUCCUAAUCGCACAGACCGCUCCGCCGCCGCAAGUAGAUCCGCGGCGCCUUCCUGCAAAUCGCCGAUUUCUCUCCCCCCAGCUGAUCGGUUCGGACGCGCGGUCACGGACGCGAGAGCGAUCGCGGCCACUGCGGAGCACACCGCUGGUAUUCCUCCGCGCUGAUCGGCCAGACGAGCCCCAGAGCGCGUGCGCACUCGGCUCUUGGCGCCAAAGCUUUAGCCGGCCGCCGCACAGGUGGCGCCACCGGAUUGGCGUGUCGAGCGGGUUGCGGCCAGCGAUUUCACAGGAGCUCUUCUGAUCGUCUUACUUAUUGUUAGACACACACGCUCCGUUAUAAUGACAUGAAAGACACAAACUCCAAAUUUCCAUUUCCUAGUGAAAUUCAGAAAUUUAUGAAUAAAAAUUUUUAUUAUAAGGUAGAUUUAUAUCGUCAAGCUGAAUUUCAUUUAACAAUUUUUAGUACAAUUUUAAUUAUAUGUGAAAGGUGAAGGUCGAUUUAGUUAAUUUAGCAUUAAUUUCUAGCAUAAAAAAAAAUACCAUUUAAGUUUUAAAUCAUAAUCUGCGGAAAAAUUGUCAAAAUUUAUCUCGUUUUUAACUAGAAUUUUAUUUUCUUUUGGAGCAACAACAACAACUCUACUUGACGGUUUGGGCGACGCAGUAUAAUUACGAAACGCAAUUAGUUAAUUUCGUGGUCCGUGCGAUGCGUUGUUGCGUCAAGUGUGUCUUCUUCCUUUGUCAGGGUGUGGCGACAUUACACUCGCUCGCGCAGGUAGAUCCUCUCUCGCUGCUGCAGUCACGCUGAGCGCCUCGAUCCCCAAAGACGCCUGCCAAGAAAUAAUCCAAGCACACUCAAUUCCACAUAUGAGGGUCCUCGGGCUGCAGGUGCUGCUCUCGGCCCUGGCGGCCGCCAGGGUCGCCGCACAGUCCUACAACUUCGGCCUCCAGGGCGAGGAGCGACACAUUUCUGAGGCGAACGAGUUUCUGCGUCAGUACGAGGUGCAGAGCGUGGGGGCGUGCAAGGCCCUGGUCACGGCCCAGUGGGACUACGCCACCAACGUGACGACCAGAGGCGCCGAAUAUGCCGCGGCGGAGCAGUCUCGUUUUGACAAAUUCGUGCGGUCGGCGUGGCGCCGGGCCGAGUCGUCGGUCCAUUGGCGCGCCCUUUCCGUUUCGCAGCCACGGAUCUACCGACAAUUCCUCAGGUUGGGGAUGCGCGCCAGGGAAACGGCCGGACUGCCCGACGAUCUCGCCAAAGAGAUGCAAGACGUGCUGUCGGAAAUGCGGGACAUCCAGAGCAAGAGCCACGUGUGUCCGGCGCCGGGUCUGGAGAACGCGAUUGCGGUGCUCACCGGCAACUACAACAACCUGUACUCGACCCCCCUGCAACGGUGCUCCCUCCACCUCGACCCGGAACUCGUGUCCAUCCUGAAGACGUCCAGGGACCCGGUGAUGCUGGCGUUUGCGUGGAAGUCGUGGCGAGACGUCGUCGGACCCCCCAGCAGGCCCAGGUUCGUCAGACUCGUCGAGCUCAGCAACACCGCCGCUAAGAGAAACGGUUUCCGAGACGUGGGCGAGCAGUGGCGGUCCGAGUUCGACCAGGAUUUGCUGCCGGGGACGGGGCCGAACGUGAUGGAGGCGGCGGGGGCGGCGUGGGCCCAGAUCGAGCCCCUGUACCGCCAACUGCACGCCUACGUGCGCCGCAAACUGGCCCAGCAGUACGGCGAGGGCGUGGUGCGGCCCCGUGGGCCCAUCCCGGCCCACCUGCUCGGCAACAUGUGGUCGCAGUCGUGGGCCGCCGUCGAGGACCUCGUCACGCCCUUCCCCUUCAAGAGACUGCCCGACGUGUCCGCCGAGAUGGCCAGGCAAGGAUACACGCCGCUCGGUUUGUUGCAAGUGGCCGAGCAGUGGUUCACGUCGCUGGGGCUGCCGUCGAUGCCGGCCGACUUUUGGCGCAAGUCGAUCAUUCAAAAGCCGCUGGACCGGCCUGUGCUGUGCGGAUCCUCGGCCUGGGACUUUUGCGACGGCGUCGACUACAGACUGAAAAUGUGCGCGACGCCGACGUACGCUGACCUGGUCGCGGCUCAUCACGAACUGGCGCACGUGCAGUACUACAUGCACUACGCGGCGCAACCGACGCUGUUCCGCGAGGGCGCCAAUCCAGCGCUUCACGAGGCCGUCGGCGAGAUGGUCACCCUGGCGGUCACCAACCCUGACCACCUGCAGCGCCUCGGCCUCUUCCCCGGCAACAACUCCAACGACGAAGAAAUCCACAUGAACUACCUGAUGCGGGUCGCCCUGGAGAAGCUGGCUUUCGUCCCCUACAGUUACAUCAUUGACCUGUGGCGUUGGAAAAUCUUCAGCGGCGAGUUCGGCUACAAAGAAAUGAACGAGCGCUGGUGGCAGCUGCGGCUCGGCAUCCAGGGCGUCGCGCCACCGGCCAAAAGGUCCGAGAGGGACUUUGACGCCGCCGCCAAGAAGCACGUGGUCACCCACAAGCCCUACAUCGGGUACAUGGUGAGCAGUUUGCUGCAGUUCCAGAUGCUGCAGGCGCUGUGCAGGGCCGCCGGCCACAGGGGCCACCUGCACAGGUGCGAACUGCAGAACAGGAGGGAGGCUGGAAAGUUGCUCAGCCAGGUGAUGUCUUCGGGGUCGUCGAAGGCGUGGCCGGAGGUGCUGCGGGAGUUGACGGGGGGCGACUCGGCGCUGCUGGACCCGCGGGCGAUGCUCGAGUUCUUCACGCCCCUGGAGCAGUGGCUGCGCGUGCAGAACGGCCGCGAGGGCCUCGAGCCGUGGGACCUGAACGACCCUGAGUACGCCCUGCCUUGGAGCAGCGCCUCGGCCGCCGCCUCUUCAGCCGCCCUAUCGGCCCUCUUAUCGGCCCUCCUGCUCACCAUGUAACAAAUUCUCCAACAAGAUAUCAUUUUUAUUGAUGUGGCCGCGCAAAUCGACACGAAUCGUCACUUGUAAAUAUUAUUUUUAUAUGUAUUUGUUAGUUUUGUACAAGCAAUAAACUUUCUUUCUUUCUUUCAACAAUCAAAGCACUGCUUUUUAAAAUAUUUUGAGAUCUCAAAGUUAAAAACGAUCGCAAUGCAAUUCAUCAACGGCCCCUGAGGGUGCGCACGUGCGACCUGAGGUGGCGCAUGAAGUCCUCCAUGGCGCGAGGGAUGGCCCUGUCGACGGCCACGCGCGGCAACCAGCCCUUCAGGUCCGUGUCCAUCAACCACUGCACCUUGCACGCGUCCGGCUCGUGCUCGAUCGGACUGAUCAACCAGCAACCGGGGCCGCUGUGCG